AUGAUUUUAUUCUUUUUUGUAAUAACCAUAUUGAUUAGUGUAGUACAUGGACAAUAUCCUACUACCACCCCUCAACAAACCAAUCAACAAACGAAUAUGCAACAAACUACUCCACCACAAAUCAAUGCAACAACAUUUGAUAAUAAGUCAUUUCAAAAACAAGUAAAUGCAGAUUUUGAAGAAGCUCAGAGACAAAGAGUGGAACGAGCAAAUGAACAGAAAAAAAUUGAUUCUUUAACAUUAAGUCAAAUUGAAGCACAAAGACGACAAGUAUUUGAAAAUUAUAAUAAAAUGAAAUUAGAAGAAAAAAGGUUAAAAUUAGCUGUUCAUGGAAAACUUCCAGGACAAAAAGCUGAUUUAAUUUCUGAUCCUUUAUGGAAACGAAUUGGUCUUCCUGAUCCAAGCAUUAAUACAACAAAUCCAAAUAUGACAAAUGGAACAAAUAUGACUUAUCCAAAUCAACCGUUAUUCACACAAAAUAAAAUAUAA